ACAGUUCACAAUAACUUUUCAAAUUUCGAAUUUCGAAUUUUUGCUCUUCACAAAUCUCUCUCUAUAUAAACGAUGAUGACGAUUCGAGGAGGAGGAGGACAAGCUGAAUCGUGGCCGGAGAUGGAAGCGAUAGCUAGGAAGAUGGUUGAGGAAGUUGAAACAGAGAGCAGCGGAUCAUCGGAAGCUGAGACGGAGUCUCCGAGAUCCGUCGGACGUUGGAUCACAGCUAAGGACCGAGUUCAUAACCAGGUUUUGAAGAUUAGGGAAGAGGAUCUAUGUGUUCUUGUUGAAGAUAAAGCUGCGAAUCCAGAGGAUCGACGAUAUCUCCGUCCACGUCGUCUUAGUCUGUUUCUGAUCUCGCGGCCGAAUCUACCUUGUUCUCCUCUUAGUGGAAAAGUGAGAUCCGUUAACGCUGUUCAGAGUCAGUGAUGAUGAUGAUUCCCAGAUCUAAAUCGAUCAAGGUGAUAUGUCCUCUCUGUUUUCUUUCAAUUUCUCUGCUUUUUUUUUGUUGCUUUUGAACUUUAUUUGUUGUUUCGUUUUGUUUAUGGAAGAUCCGUGUUUAGAGAGUGAGAGCCUUUUUCUGGUCAAAAUGUCAUUGUGUAUAUAAACCAUGAACGUGUAU